UAGCAGCGUUGCGCGGACGUUUCGUGUUUCGUCGAAUUUUUGGAUUUUGUGCGCACUGAGACGCGUUCGUGGAGUUUCUCAGUUUUUAAUUUUACAAAUGCAAAGUUGAAAUAAUUCUGUGAGGUUUUCUGAAGAAUCGGAAGAUACUAAAAGUGAGCGAGUAGUGCUAAAUCACUAAAAAUAUAUAUAAUUUUGAUAAUUUGAUAUUUUGUGUAAAAAUUGCCAACGGCAUUGUGCGGAAGUAGAUAUUUGCAAGCGCAUUGUGAAAUAUAUAUGUACAUGGUUGCAUACACGCCUAUGAUUUUGUGAAUUCCUUUUGCAAUUCUUUGAAAAAGUGCACGCGUCUACACACAUACAUACAUAUAUAGCAUGGAAAUAUAUAUCUAUUAAUUCAUGUUUCAAAUAAAAUGUGUGAACGUCAUGUGUUUGUUGCAUAUUCGUACGCCCUACGCAGCGACGCUGAAGUGUUGUAAGCGGCGCAGCGCUUAGAAGCAAAAUCUGAAAUAAUAUUGGUACACACAUAUAUGCUUAGAAAGCCAUGUCCAUAUGUGCUCGAUACAAUUAGAAAUUAGCAGCGCCGGAGUAGUGCUUUGAAUACCGUUGCGUUAGUGAAAUUAUGUUUGUUUCUAUGAAAGUGCCUUUGCAGUCAGCAAGUGUCAGUUGAAUAAAUAUUAAAAGAUUUCAAUAUUAAAAACGUUUUAUAAAACAACAAUAACAACAAAUUCCAACACAGCAACAACAACUUUGGUGAACGCUUGCAUUUUAAGGAUUACAAAUUGCCGCAACGUUGGUGCAACAUAAAUGAUUUUUUUAAUGACUUCUGUGUGAUUUCCGUCGAUUUGGCUGGCUUCCUGUCACCGCCAUUGCAGCGUUGCUCGCGUAAGUGCUAAGUGCAAAAAAGUGUACGUACCAACAACAACAAAGUAGCUGAAAAAAUACCUAAACCUACAACAAAACAAGAAAAUAAGUGAAAGAAAAAAGUGAAAAUCGCAUGGCGGCACUGAGGCUGACGGACGACGUCGUACCCUCAUCAUCAUAAAUUACCCAAAGUAUAUUUAUAAAAGUGGAAAAUAGUUGAAUAUCGUACACAAGUGUUUAGUUGUGAUUGUGUUUGCAUAAGCGUAUGUGUCUAUGUGUGUGUGGUUUGUGUGCAAUAGUGAAAAUGUCUGAGCGGCGGAGGGGAAUAAAAUGAAACCAAUCGCCAGAACUUAUCGCAUUGGGUACACUAAUGGCCUCGAGUUUGCGCAUUCCACAGCGAAUAGAAAUCGAGCAGCAGCAGCAGCAACAACAACACAGCGAGCAACACAUAAAGCAGCAACAGCGACUAAGUGUUUACAACAAAAGGCAAAAACGUGAGCGAAUUCCAGAAGGCGCAAACAAUAAGCAGCAGCGCACAGCAAAUAGCACAGCGUCACACGGGCGUAGCGUACUCAGCGAAGUCCGCAUACCACAUAGAUUACAACAAAUACAAAAACAAGUGCAAAAACAACAAAAACUAUUGCAAAAGCAACAUAGUGUAAUAAAGAACAGUUGAGGAGUGUAAAGGACCGCCAAUUGGCAGUCUUCAAAGGCGCAGCCACAUUAUGAUGUGCUGCAGCAACGCGAAAUAUUUGCCUGCAAACGUUGCGCACUACGCUGGACGGCGACGCGGACAAGCCGUCAAACUGGUCACGGCCACAGACGCAAAUGCGAGCGCAGCAGCACAGACGCGCACUUACAGCAUGACAAAUCAGCCAAAUUGUAACGAUAUCUUCAUUUCUGCGAUUGCCACAAAUGUCAGCCGUCCGGCCGUACACAGCAGGCGCACUGCUGGCGUUAGUUUCCCUUUUUCCACAACAGCAACACGUGCAACAAAGCGCACCGCGAAGCCGACGAGCGUAUUAACCGGCACCGUUGCUCUUACUGUUGCAGAAGUCAAUGCAACGCAGAAAUUUCAAAAAACACAAGAAGACUGCAAAAUUACGCCACAAACGCGCAUAGAGUCGGUACGAACGGCUGCUUAUGCGCCAGCAGCAACACGUCAGCGCCAACAUAAUUUAGUCUUAAGCAAAGUUGUGCCACUUAUUUGCCUGAUAUUUGCGCUGUGCGCUUGGCCAACGCCAUGCCAGAGCCAACGCCAGCCGCCAGGUGCAUAUGGUGCAGCGGUUGGUUUUGGUGCGAGCGCGUCCGGCCCCAUAGCACACUAUAGUGUGCUGGCGUUUCCACGUCGACGCUCCUCGGCGGGUGCUGACGGUGUUAGCGGACUGAUGCAGUCGCGUGCGGUGGAUACGAGCGCACAAUUCGAGGUGUUGGAGGGCCAACCGCGCGGCACAGUCGUCGGUUUCAUACCGACCAAACCCGAUUUCACUUACCGUUUCAAUGAACCGCCACGUGAAUUUACGCUCGAUCAGGUGACGGGCGAGAUAAAGACGAAUAUGGUGUUGGAUCGUGAGGGCAUGCGCGAUCGUUACGACUUGGUUGUGCUCUCCUCGCAACCCACAUAUCCAAUUGAGGUGCGUAUUGUUGUGCUGGACUUGAAUGAUAAUGCGCCCGAGUUUCCCGAACCCAGCAUCGCGGUGUCGUUCUCGGAGAGCGCGGCCACGGGCACGCGCCUGCUACUGGAUGCCGCCACCGAUUGCGAUAUUGGUGAGAAUAGCGUUACGGAUGAUUAUCGUAUUGUGGAUGGCAAUGUGGAGGACAAAUUUCGUUUGGCCGUCACAACGAACCCGAGUGGCGAUGUAUCGUAUCUGCACUUGGAGACAACGGGCAAUUUGGAUCGUGAAACAUGCGGGUUUUAUCAGCUUAACAUAUCGGCGCGCGAUGGUGGCGAGCCACCAAAAUAUGGUUACCUAAUGGUCAAUGUUACCAUUGUCGAUGUCAACGAUAAUCCACCGAUAUUCGAUCACAGCGAUUACAUUGUUUCGCUAAAUGAGUCCGUACCGCCCGGCACACCUGUAUUGCAGGUGAUGGCCUCCGACAACGAUCUGGGUGAUAAUGCUAAAAUCACUUACUACUUGGCCGACACCGAACAACAGUUUACAGUCGAUCCCGAAACUGGCGUCAUUUCGACCACCGAAUUGCUGAAUUGUCCGCAACAGAAUUGUCAAACUUACGCACGUCCGGGUGCGAGUUGUCCGAAGAGUUGUGUUUUUACGGUAUUCGCGCGCGAUCAUGGCUCACCGCGUCAGGAUGGACGCACUUACGUUACCGUGAAUCUGGUGGACACUAACGAUCACGAUCCGGUCAUACGUUUUCAGUAUUUCCCACCGACCGGCACAUUCGCAACAGUCGAUGAGAAUGCGGCCAACGGCAGCGUCGUUGCGGCCGUCUCUGUGGUCGAUAUGGAUGAGGGACUGAAUGGUGAGACAAGCUUACGCAUUAUCUCUGGCAAUGAGUUGGGCCACUUUCGCUUGGAGAAGACACCGUCGUUUGAUAUUGUGCGCGUUAAUGGUGUGUUGGAUCGUGAGGAAAUUGGCAAGUACAAUUUGACAGUUGUCGCCAUCGAUAAAGGUGCACCGCCGCGCACAGCGACGGGCCAUCUAAUUAUCCAUGUCAACGAUGUCAAUGAUCAUGAGCCGGUAUUUGAGAAGUCUGAGUAUUCGGCAGUGCUGAGUGAAUUGGCACCGCCGGGCACGUACGUGGCCUCCAUUACGGCCACCGAUGAGGAUACCGGUGUUAAUGCUUUGAUUUCGUAUGACUUUGUUUCGGGUAAUAAUAAACAAUGGUUUGCCAUUGAUUCGACGUCCGGUUUGAUAACAACGCAGGCGGCAUUGGAUCGCGAAGUGCAGGACAGCGUCGAGCUAAGCAUUUCUGCACGUGAUGGCGGUCCAAAUCCGAAGUGGGCGUACACACAGCUGAAAGUGACCAUACUGGAUGAAAACGAUGAAGCACCGCAAUUCUCGCAACAACACAUCAACGUUACGCUGAACGAGAAUACGCCGCCGCAGACAUUGGUCGCCAUGCUAACGGCCGCCGAUCACGAUCAGGGCACUAACGGCUCGGUGACAUACACACUGGCGGGUAGUGUGGAGCGCAAGUAUCCACAACAAUUUGCGCUCGAUUCGCUCACUGGCCAAUUAACGACGCGCAGCGUACUUGAUCGUGAGACAAUUGCGCAUUAUGAGAUUUUUGUGAUCGCACGCGAUCAGGGCGCACCACCACAAUCGGCCACGGCUACUGUUUAUCUUAAUGUGGAGGAUGUCAACGACAACAGCCCAGUGUUUUAUCCCAAGAAUUAUUUUUAUGCGUUGCCUGACGAUGCCGGCGACAACCACCACCAGCAACAGCAGCAGCCACUAUUGAAAGUCACUGCCAGCGAUCGUGAUGCGGGCGAUAAUGCCUUAAUUACCUACCAACUGGAGUCAGGUGGCGAUGGGCAUUUCGUCGUCGAUACAUGGAGUGGCGCGAUAACGUUACGCGCCGGCAGCAGCACCGAUAUACGCCAAUCGCCGAAGGCACUUUACAAGUUGAAAAUUUCGGCAAAGGAUCACGGCGAACGUCGCAGCGAGCUAGAUGCAGUGGUGGAGAUUGUGUUGCAAUCCAAAAUGGAGUUGCUCGAGUUCGACUCAUAUGGCAGUUAUGAGUUUCAAAUUGUCGAAGAUCAUGAACAACAAGAGGCCGACACAGGACGUGAGGUGGGUCGCGUUCAGGUGAAGUCACAUGCUGGUAAAGCGACAUUGCCACCCAACAUUGAGUAUACGAUCGUCUACGGCGAUGCGGAUGAGAAUUUUGCAGUGGAUCGGCGCACCGGUCGUAUACGUACAGCGCGCCGCAUUGAUCGUGAAGAGUUGGCGCAGUAUCAGCUCACUGUGGCGGCGCGCACUGGGCUGGCGUAUGGCAAAUGUGUGGUGAGCAUUGCGAUUGCUGAUUUGAACGAUAAUGCGCCGAUCUUUGCACAAGAUCGUGACGGUGAGAUACAGUUGCCGGAGAACGCGGCUGUCGGUCAAGAGGUUUACUUGUCACGCGCACGUGAUCGCGAUUCGGGCAUGAAUAGCCGUGUCACCUACACGCUCACCUACAAUCCCGAGGAGCAGUUUCGCAUUAGCGAAGCAACCGGCGUACUACAAUUGCAACGUCCGGUGCGCGCUGCACCCGGCACCAUGCUGCAUGUAGAGCUGGCGGCCACAGAUGGUGGCACGCCGUCAUUGUCAACGCGACAUAGCAUCGAUGUGCUCAUCGCCGAUGUCAAUGAUCAUACACCUGUGUUCGAUCACACAUCGUACGAAACAUCGCUGAGCGAGUUGACCAAGGUGAAUGCGCGUUUCUUUGCGCUAGCCGCCAGUGAUGCGGAUCUUGGCGCAAACGGUCGCAUCUCCUACGACAUAAUCGAGGGCAAUACAGAGCGGAAGUUCGGCGUCUUUCCCGACGGUUAUUUGUUUGUGCGCGCGCAGCUAGAUCGCGAAGAGCGCGACUAUUACGCGCUAACAGUGGCAUGCCGUGAUGGUGGUAUGCCGGCGCGUUCCUCUGUGGUGCCGGUAAUCAUACAUGUCAUCGAUGAAAACGACAAUGCGCCGCAGUUCACAAAUAGUACCUUCACCUUUAGCAUCGCAGAAAAUGAGCCGGCCGAUUCGUUUGUCGGCAAACUAACGGCGGUGGAUCGUGACAUUGGGCGCAAUGCAGAGCUGAUUUAUGCUUUGGCAACGCAAGAACAAGACUUCAACAUCGAUAUGCGUAAUGGUUUCAUAAAGACGCUGCAUCCAUUCGACCGCGAGGAGCUCGUACAGCGGCGCAGCGGCAUCGGUGUGGGUGGACAAAGCAACGGACAGUCAACGAUUGGCGCUGCAAGCAUAGGCGACGGUAAUAACAAUGGCAAUAACUAUGUGCUUUUGGAAGCUGUCGUUACGGAUAAUGGUGCGCAACGCUUGCACGACAAGGUCAAAGUGAAGAUAAUCAUAACAGAUGUCAAUGACAACGCGCCACAGUUUGUACGCGCUCCUUACCGCGUGCAGAUAUCCGAAGGCGCUGCUGUCGGCACACAAGUAAUGCGCGUCUAUUCGAUCGAUGUGGAUGAGGGCCUGAAUGGUGACGUAUACUACUCGCUUGUCGCGGGCAACGAAGAGGAACGCUUCCUUAUGGAUGAUGCUACAGGGCAGCUCUCAUUAGCGCGUUUGCUAGAUCGCGAGCAGCAGUCGUCGUACAAGCUGAUUGUGGUGGCACGCGAUGCCGGUGUUAAGCUGCAGCUAAGCACCAACACCACAAUCAUAGUUGAGGUGUUGGAUGAAAACGAUGUGGAGCCACAGUUUGCGCAGACAGCGAGUGAGGUGUCUGUGCUGGAGACGAGUAGCAUCGGUACGGAAUUGAUGCGCUUCCAUGCCACGGACUCCGACUUGGGCGUAAACAGUCAGGUGACCUAUAGCAUCACGGCCGGCAAUCGCAAGGACACUUUCCAUAUCGAUGCCAUUUCCGGUAGCCUUUACUUGCACAAACCGCUUGAUUAUGAGGAGACUACCGUUUAUCAUCUAAAUAUAACCGCUGCUGAUGGUGGUACACCACGCCUGGCGCACACAAUUGUCUUCACCGUGAAUGUGGUGGAUGAAAAUGAUAAUCCGCCAAGUUUUCCAAAUACAGCCAUUGUGCGCCAAAUCAAGGAGGGUAUUGCCGUUAAGACUCCCAUUGUUACGGUAACUGCCGAGGAUCCAGAUUCCGGUUUGAAUGGCAAGGUUACAUAUUCGAUCACUAAGCAGGACCCUGAACAGACGGGUGGUCGUCACUUUGGCAUUAACACUGUGACCGGUGUCAUACACACACUACGUGAAAUCGAUCGCGAAAGCAUCGACACUUUCCGUUUGACUGUUGUCGCCACCGAUCAAGCUGAAUCACCGGAACCCCAACUAUCUGCUGAGAAGCUUGUGACCGUCAUCGUAGAGGAUAUCAAUGAUAACGCGCCCAAUUUCGUAUCCAUGAAUGCGGCCAUCCUGCCAAUGCAGUCAGCCUCGGCCCAAAGCCAUUACUAUCGUGACGGCCUGCCGGUGAUGCAUGUGCAUGCACGCGAUGCCGAUUCAUCCAGCAAUGGUUUGGUCACCUACGAAAUGGUUAGCGGUAAUAUGGAACUCUUCAAGCUACAUCGCAAUACGGGCGCGAUAACGCUACGUAAAGUCAUCGAUCAGCCGGAGGUGCGCUAUCAGUUGGCCUUGAAGGCGACCGACGAAGCGGUGCAGAGCGAACGUAAGAGCACCGAUGCGUAUAUAACGAUCAUAACGACGGGCACGGCGUCGGGUCCCACGUUCGAUCAACGCGAACAAAGCGGUUCGGUAUACGAAAAUGAACCGACCGGUACCAGCAUAUUGACUGUGAACGCACGCCUAGAUGGCGCCGAAAUCGAGUAUUACGUGACUAAUGUAACGGCAAUCGGUGCUGGUGCGCGUUCGGGUGCGGUGAAACAAGUCGAUCGGCUCUUCGAUAUUGAUACAAAACUAGGUAUAUUAUCAACGGCAAAGGAGUUGGAUCGCGAAGCCGGACCGGACACCUAUGAAGUGGAAGUGUAUGCGAUCGCAUUGGGCGGAGUGCCACGCACAACAAAUACUAAGGUCAGCGUCCGCGUGUUGGACAAGAACGAUAGCCCGCCUGUGUUUCGUGACACGCCGCUCUCUUUCAAUGUCAGCGAAGACUUGGGCGCUGGUCAUCAUAUCGCGACCAUACGCGCCUCAGAUCCCGAUACGUUGGGCUCGCUCACCUUUAGCCUGAUUGGCGGUGAUGACGAAAAGUUUCUAUUGGAAUCUGAGACCGGGCGGCUGUACUUGAAAGAUGCGCUCGAUCGUGAGUUGAAGGAUAAAUAUGUGCUGCAGUUGCGUGUAGCGGAUGGUGUGCAAAGUACUGAUACGACAGCGGACAUUUUGGUGCAACAUUAUAUACUUGUGGUGCAGGCACAAGAUAAUGGACAUCCCAGUCUCUCCACCACAUUGACUGUGUAUUGCAAUGUGUUGGAUUUGAAUGAUAAUGCGCCCAUAUUUGAUCCGAUGAGCUACUCGAAUGAGAUCUAUGAAAAUAUAUCGAUUGGCACACCGAUUGUAACGGUUACUGCGACAGAUAUUGACUCAGGCGAUAACGGGCGCAUCGAGUACGCGAUUACGUCGGGCGAUGAUAAUAACGACUUUGAAAUUGCUGCCAACGGUACGAUACGUACGCGYCGUGAACUUGAUCGCGAAACGAAAAGUUCAUACAAUUUAAUUGUAACCGCAAGAGAUUGCGCUCAAGAAUUUCCAACAACAACAAGCACAACAAUAAAUGCAUACAWCGACGGCGCCUUCAUGCAGCAGCCUCAACAUCAGCAUCACCAGCAACAACAGCAGCGUCGUCAACGGCAACACCGUCAGCAACAAUAUGUGGAGCAACAACCGCAACAGCGUCUAUCAUCAACAGUACAGGUCACAAUAGUUUUGAAGGAUGUCAACGACGAAGCACCGAGUUUCACUUCGAGCAAUGAAACCAGUGUGCUCGAAAAUAUCGCACCCAACACUGUGGUCAUGGUCGUUAAGGCCAUCGAUCGCGACGAAGGACGCAACGGUUAUAUCGAAUAUUUGCUCGACGGCAAAAAGUCCGCAGUCACAAACCACGAUUAUGACGAUGAAAAUAAUAUACCUUUCACGUUAGGCGCUGUAGAUGGGCUACUACGCGUCGCCGGACGCUUGGAUCGUGAACUGCGCGCCAGUUACUUGCUCAACGUGACCGCACGAGAUCGCGGCGAACCACCACAAGCCACGCAUAUGCAGAUCACCGUGCGCAUACUGGACGAAAACGACAACAGUCCCGUCUUCGAUCCCAAACAGUACUCGGCAUCGGUGCCGGAGAAUGCCAGCAUUGGCGCAAUGGUAUUGCAAGUCGCCGCAACCGAUAUAGAUGAGGGCGCCAACGGACGUGUACGCUUCUCUAUCGCUGCCGGCGAUGAUAACCGCGACUUUAGCAUCAGCGAAGACUCAGGUGCUGUGCGCGUCGCCAAGAAUUUGAAUUAUGAGCGUAAAUCGCGUUAUGUGCUGACGGUGCGCGCCGAAGAUUGUGCCGCCGAUGUCGUCGCUGCAGCCGCACAGCUGCAGUUAGGCGGCAAAGUUGGAACUGCGAGUGGCGCGAAUAUGGUGGUUGGCGGCAGUGGUGGUGUUAUUGGCGGCGCGGGUGGUGGUGGUGUAGYAGUCGCUGGUGCGGCUAAGCAUGGUGUGGAGCAACGUGAGACACGCUACGACACGGCCGAACUGACGAUCAUCAUCAUGGACAUCAAUGACAAUCCGCCCACAUUCCUGCACUCCCCCUACCUGGCGUAUGUUAUGGAGAAUGUUAUACCGCCUAAUGGCGGCUAUGUGCUGACAGUGGAGGCCUACGAUGCUGAUACGCCGCCUUUUAACUCGCAAGUGCGCUACUUUCUGAAAGAGGGCGAUACAGAUCUAUUUCGCAUAAAUGCAUCGACAGGCGAAAUAUCAUUGCUGCGGGCGCUCGAUCGUGAGGCAAAGGCUGAGUACACGCUAACGCUGGUCGCCAUGGAUACAGGUUCGCCACCGCUAACCGGCACCGGCAUAGUGCGCGUCAUUGUGCAAGACAUGAAUGAUCACAGUCCGGAGUUUGCGCGUCCCUACUAUUUGGCCAGCGUGCGGGAGAACUUGCCCGCCGGCACGAAGGUAUUGCAACCCGUGGCUACGGAUAAAGAUAGCGGCGCUAAUGCGAAACUGCGCUUCACGCUGCUGGGCGAGCACAUCGACAGAUUCCAAAUCAAUUCGGAAACGGGCGAGAUCACAACGGCCACCAUGCUGGAUCGCGAGGAGACUGCUGUCUAUUAUCUGACGCUGAUGGCGCAAGACAGUUCGGCCACAGAGCCACGUGCCAGCGCAGUCAAUCUGACCAUCACGGUGCUAGAUGUCAACGACAAUACGCCCAACUUUAAUGCGGCCAGUUUCAAUGUGAAUGUACCGGAUCGCAUAAAGGCUGGCGAGUUUGUGUUUGGCGCAAGAGCCACAGAUUUGGAUGAUGGCGUCAAUGCGCUUAUAACCUACAAUAUAAGUGGCAAGGAUAUCGAUAAGUUCAGCAUUGAUACGCAGAGUGGCGUGAUUAAGGCGAAGAUGCCGUUGGGUGCGCGUGAAAAUACGAGCUUCGACACGAUCUACAGCAUAGUUUUGCAUGCCAUGGAUCAGGGUACUGAGUCGAGAUCAUCCAGUGCGGAUCUCACUGUAUUGAUACGGCCGGGCAUGCUCUUUCCCGUAUUCGCAACCAUCUCCACGAAACAAUUCAUGUUGUCGGAGGAUGUGCGUGAAGGCAAGGUUAUUACCACUAUCAACGCCGAGUCGCCGAAGAAGACUGCUGCGGGUAAUAUUAAGUAUGCCAUUGCUGGUGGUAAUAUUGGUAAAGCGGUACAUGUUGAUGCGAAUACGGGCGUCGUGACAAUCGGUAAAGACGGCUUGGAUUAUGAAAUUGCGCAUACUUAUGAGAUAUGGGUGGAAGCCUCGGACUCGGAUCAACCGCGAUUGCGCAGCGUUAUGUUGUUGACCAUCAAUGUCACCGAUGCCAAUGAUAAUGCGCCUGUUAUGGAUAAGAUGACCUAUUACGCGGAGAUACUAGAAGAAGAACCGCCGCCACAAUUUAUUGUCAAAGUACACGGCACCGACCGCGAUUCGGGUGAUAAUGGUGAACUGUCCUAUCGGCUUGCUGACGACUUUGAGGGCACAUUCGAGAUUGACUCCGAUUCGGGUGAAAUUUAUACCACAAUGCGCUUAGAUCGCGAAGAGAUUAGCGCGUAUGAGCUAUUGGUGGAAGCAGUGGAUCAAGGUAUGCCACAACUUACCGGCACGGCGACAGUACAAAUUACGCUCUUGGAUAAAAAUGAUAAUCCACCAAAGUUUACACGUCUCUUUUCCGUUAAUGUAACGGAGAAUGCAAAUAUUGGCAGCUUCGUAAUACAAGUGACCUCAUCGGACUUGGAUAUUGGCGUAAAUGCAAAUGCUACUUACAGCUUUACUGAGAACCCGGGUGAGAAAUUUAAGAUCGACGCCAUCAGUGGUAAUGUUACGGUCGCCGGCUAUUUGGAUCGUGAACAGCAAGACGAGUAUCUGCUGAAAAUCGUCGCCUCUGAUGGUGCUUGGCGCUCAGAAACUCCCAUCACUAUCACGGUACAGGAUCAAAAUGAUAAUGCACCGGAGUUCGAGCAUAGCUAUUACAGUUUCAACUUCCCCGAACUACAACGCGCUGUUACGUUUGUUGGACAAGUAAUUGCCACGGAUCGUGAUAAGCAAGGACCGAAUUCACUCAUCUCAUAUUCACUGCAACAGCCAUCCGACUUAUUCACCAUCGAUCCGGCCACAGGUGAGAUCUUAAGUAAACGUAGCAUGAAGUACAAGCAUUCGCAACUUGAAACCUCACCGGAAAAUAUGUACACGAUGAUCGUGUUGGCCACAGACAAUGGCAAGCCACCGCUAAACUCGGAAUGUUUAGUUAACAUAAAUAUCGUUGACGCCAAUAAUAAUCCACCAAAGUUUGAAAAGGCUACUUACCUAGCACCCGUGCCCGAGCAAGCAAUGAGUGGUCUGCGUCUAAUCAAGGUACAUGCAGUGGAUGCGCUCGACUACGGCGUAAAUGCCGAAAUCGAUUACACACUGGUGAAGAGUAAUGCCUCCGAUUAUUUCGCGGUUAGCAAGCACGACGGUUGGAUUUCUGUAACGAAGCCACUUAAUGUUAAGGCGAAUACUGUGUUCUUGAUCACAGUACGCGCCACUGAUCGUGGCGUGCCACCGUUAGCGGACGAAACGCGUGUCACAAUAAUUAUGACUGGUGAAAACAAACAUGCACCGAAGAUCAACGCGCUGAGUCAUCAAGUUAUAGUGCCCGAAAAUGAACCAAUUGGCUCCACCAUACUAACUGUUACUGCCUCCGAUAAGGACGACGGACCUAAUGGCAUGUUGACAUAUUACUUUUCAGGCGGCAAUGAACGCCAAGAGUUUAAUAUGAACAAGGACACCGGCGCUGUGACCAUACUAAAACCAUUAGAUUACGAUUUCAUACAAGAGUAUUAUUUGAAUAUUACAGUGGAGGACUUGGGUUUCAAGCCCAAGAGGGCGGUUGCUAUGCUAACAGUUAUAGUAACGGAUAUCAAUGACAAUCCACCAUUGUUUAAUCAGUCGGAAUAUCACGCUUUCAUACCGGAAAAUCGCGCACCAAAUACAUUCGUGUUCAAGGCACACGCCACCGAUAAGGACUCACCCAAGAAUGCCAUCAUACGUUACACGAUCACCAGCGGUACGGGUAAAAACCUAUUCAAGAUUAAUUCGAGCACUGGCGAGAUAGUCUCCACGGUAUCAUUUGAUUAUGAGGAGCGACGCGAUUACAAUCUGCAGAUAAUGGCUGCUAAUCCCGAUUCGCCGAUGCACAGCACCGCUAUGGUGAUCGUGCAUAUUACGGGCAUUAACGAGUAUUACCCACAGUUUGUGCAACCAGUCUUCCACUUCGAUGUAUCCGAGUCGGCCGAGGUCGGUACCUCCGUUGGCUCCAUACAGGCGACAGACAAAGAUGCUGGCGAAGAUGGUAAAAUCUAUUACCUUUUGGUUGGUUCAAGCAAUGAUAAAGGCUUCUCUAUCAAUGCCAUGACCGGCAUUAUGUAUGUAUCACGUCAUCUAGAUCGCGAGACUCAAAAUCGUGUUGUACUUACCGUUAUGGCAAAGAAUUACGGUGGUAUACGUGGUAAUGACACUGACGAGGCGCAAGUCAUCAUAUCAAUACAGGAUGGCAAUGAUCCACCGGAGUUCUUGAAAUCACUAUACACAACACGUAUAUCGGAGGCUGCACCUGUGGGCACCAAGGUCACCAGCGUCAAAGCCGUCGACAAAGAUGUACGCCUACAAAAUAAUCAAUUCAGCUACUCCAUAAUCAAUGGAAAUUUAAACCAAACAUUCAAGGUUGAUCCACAAAGUGGUGAUAUUGAGACGGCGCGUGUUUUAGAUCGUGAAACUGUGCCGAUCUUCAAUUUGGUUGUGGGCGCAAUCGAUACCGGUGUGCCACCACAAACUGGCACAACAACAGUUAAAAUCGAACUAGAGGAUAUAAACGAUAACGGUCCAACCUUUGCAACCAAUGGUCUAAUUGGUUACAUAUCGGAAAAUGAGCCAGCCGGCACCUCAAUUAUGACAUUAUCCGCAAGUGAUCCGGAUCUGCCACCGAACGGUGGACCCUUCACUUACUAUCUCGUCGGUGGUAAGCAUAAAUCAUUCCUGGCCAUCGACAAACACUCGGGUCUGGUAAGGUCCACAAAGAGUUAUGACCGCGAAGUUACACCAACGCUAGAAGCUGCGAUAGAGGUUGAAGAUAAUGGUGAACCAAAGCAGCGCGCACAACACGUGCUUACAGUUAAAGUACUCGACCAGAAUGACAGUCCGUCCACGCCACGUAUGGUACACGUGCUGCUCAACACAUACAACAAUGCAAUUGCCAUCGGUAAAAUAGCGGAUGUGCAUCCUAAUGAUCCAGAUGUAACUGGCGAUUACAGAUGCAAGAUUUUGGCGAAUGCACAAUCGAGUCCAUUAGGCAUACUUACCAUACCAAGUGCUUGUGACUUGUACACCACACAGAAGACCGCCGUCAACGGUUAUUCAUACACCAUAUCCGGUAAUGAUGGUAAACAUAACGACGUAGUGUCGACGGUCACUGUAGGCUUCCAAAACUUUGACAGUGCUGCCGUAGCGCAAUCCGUUACUAUAUUGGUCCGUGAAAUGAUGGCUGAAUUCUUCCUAGCCACACACUAUCGCAAUUUUGUGGAACUAAUCAAAUCAGCUUUGGACACUGGUGAUGAGCUCAUAUUGUAUAGCAUGCGCAAUACAGGCGAUGAAGACGGCGACUUGGAGCUCAUACUAGCAGUACGUAGCUCGAACCUAGCUUAUCGUACACCGCGCUAUAUACUGGAACGUGUGAGUAAGAAACGUGAUUCGAUUGAACGUUUGUUGCAAGCAAACGGUGGCGUAAUUAUCGGCUACAGUCCAUGCACUUCGGCUGCCAGCAAUGCUUGUGAAAAUGGUGGCAUGUGCUCGGCAGAGAUUCAAGUGCACGACACGCACUCAUUGAACAUAAUAGAUAGUCCGUCGUUGAUUUUCAGUGGCCCACGCGUUUCGCACGAUUACAGCUGCAAAUGUCCCGACGGCUACACCGGACAGCAGUGCGACAAGCAACAGGAUCCAUGCUCGCCUAAUCCCUGCGAAGCGAAUGCGCAAUGUCGUCGCAUUGCCUAUGACUUUCAGUGUAUUUGUCCGCCAAACCGUGACGGUAAAAACUGCCAACUACACCGUGGUGACGUAUGUACGAGCAAUCCGUGCCGUAACGGCGGUUCCUGCAUGCACAGUCCAGACGGCGCAUCCUUCUUUUGCCUCUGUCGGCCGGGUUAUCGCGGAAAUCAAUGCGAACAUGUGUCCGACUCGUGCCGCCCAAAUCCCUGCUUGCAUGGCGGACAAUGCGUCAGCUUAAAACCGGGUUACAAGUGCAGUUGCGUUGAUGGUCGUUAUGGACGGCAUUGUGAGCGCGCAACCUUCGGUUUUCAGGAACUCUCUUACAUGUCGUUUCCAGCUUUGGAUGCCGCUACUAAUGACAUUUCAAUCAUAUUCGCUACAACGAAACCGGACGGUUUAUUGCUCUAUAAUUACGGCAUGCAAACGGGUGGACGUUCCGACUUCGUGGCGAUAGAGAUUGUGAAAGGAAAGGCUUUCUUUUCGUUUGGUGGCACGCGUACUGCAAUAACAACGGUGGUUGUGGGUGUCAAUAGCAUGGAAAGUUUGGCUGAUGGCAAGUGGCAUAAGGUCACAGCUACACGCAAUGGACGUGUCAUGUCAUUAAGUGUGGCUAAGUGCUCGGAAAAUGGUGAUGCAUGCGAGGAAUGCCGACCUGGCGAUGCCAGCUGCUAUGCUCAGGAUGUAGGACCUAUUGGUACCUUGAACUUCAACAAGCAACCCCUACUUAUUGGUGGUCUUGCAACGGCGGACCCAGUUCUAGAUCGUCCGGGUCAGAUACAUUCAGAUGAUCUGGUUGGGUGCGUGCACAGCGUAUCCGUGAACGGGCGACCAUUGAACAUGAGUAAUCCGCUAAAACAGCGUGACGUGCUGCCCACCUGCAAUCGCAACACCAAUGGCGGUCCAUGUCAGCAAAGUGCGCCUAACGAUCCGGCGUUAUCGCUCUGUGGAGAUUUUGGUACCUGCAUGGACCGCUGGCAUACAGCGAUGUGCCAAUGUGGCGCCAGUUUGCUUUCACCCGAUUGCUUCAGCUCCUUGGAACCGAUUACGGUUACGAAUGGCGCCUUCGUGGAAUUCAAAAUAUCGGAAAAGCACCGACGCAUGCAGCUGUUGGACAAUUUGUAUGCCGCCAGUAAUAUAUGGUCAUAUGAUGUCGCACGUCGCAGAAGAUUUACCGUAAAUAGUGACAAUAUCACUGCAUUGGCGCAAGUUAUGGAUUUACCAAAAACCGUUAGCAUUAUCUUUCGCACCUACAAAGAAGACGGUUUGCUGCUCUUUGCCGCAACCAACAAACAGUACACCGCAGUUGAGCUGAAAGCCGGCAAGUUAGUCUACUAUUCCAAGCAGAACAGCGUCGUGAAUAUGACCAUACAGAAGCCGGACAAACUGAAUGACGGCAAAUGGCAUAAUCUUACCUUGUACACAUCGAACCGUGUGCUACGUUUGCUUAUUGAUGGUAAUAAAGUUGGUGACGAACUCGAUUCGGCUGGCGUGCACGACUUUCUCGAUCCAUAUUUAACGGUGCUAUCUAUAGCUGGCGUGCGACGCGAACAUUAUCCACAGGAUAACGCACCGAACAGCUACGAGGGUUGCAUUGCCAACUUUACCAUCAAUAAUGAAGUCCAACCGUUUAACGGCUCGGGAAGCGUUUUCAGCGAUGUACUGAUACGCGGCAAAGUUGCGCUCGGCUGUAGCGGUGAUUUGGGCAUUGGUGCGGCGCAAGCCUCCGAUCCCGUCAGCAUAGGCAUCACACUGGUCAUUGUCUUCUUUGUGAUACUCGUUGUAGCCAUUUUGGGUUCCUAUGUAAUUUACCGUUUCCGUGGCAAGCAGGAGAAGAUCGGCAGUCUAAGUUGUGGCGUGCCCGGUUUUAAAUUGAAACAUAGCGGUGGAGCUGCAGCAUCCCAGAAUCAAGCAGACCAUGUUUUGUCCCGCGGCAGGGGUGUGCAUGCCGGCGAUGGUCCAGUCAGCUAUCAUGUAGACAGUGGUGACUUGAUACGCGGUGUCGGCGGCCAUCAUAUGGUCGGACCCGAAUUGAUUUCGAAGAAGUUUAAGGAACGUGAAAUCAACUCUAAUGAACAUCAACAACAGCGACCACAACGCCCGGAUAUAAUCGAAAGAGAGGUGGUUAGCAAGAGUCCGCCAUUACGAGAUGAACAUCACCCACCGAUACCGCCGCCCAGUCAAGCGCAUCAUCCCCACGAUCAUACCAGUUCGGUUGAUCUGGGUUCAGAGUAUCCAGAACAUUAUGACUUGGAGAACGCCAGUUCAAUAGCGCCAUCUGACAUUGACAUCGUCUAUCAUUAUAAGGGUUAUCGUGAGGCUGGUGGCGUACGCAAAUACAAAGCUACACCGGCGCCAGUCGCAUCCUACACACAUCACAAACACCAAGCCACGGCCGCUCAACAACAGCACCGGCACUCACCACGUCACGGCAUCGGUGUUGGUGGACCAUUCGUACCACGUGUGCCGCCACAAACUAGUCAACCACCACCACCCUCAAGUACACCACGUCCACAUCAAAGUACGCCAUUGGCGCGACUCUCACCCAGCUCCGAAUUGAGUUCACAGCAGCCGCGCAUAUUAACACUGCAUGACAUCUCCGGUAAACCGUUGCAAAGCGCACUGCUCGCAACCACCUCCAGUUCGGGCGGUGUCGGCAAGGAUGCGCUACACAGCAAUAGCGAACGUAGUCUAAAUAGUCCAGUUAUGUCACAACUAUCCGGGCAGAGUUCCAGCGCAAGUCGACAAAAGCCCGGAGUUUCAACGCAGUCACCAGCACAGGCGCCCAUCGGCCUCACCGCCGAAGAGAUCGAACGUUUAAAUGUCAGACCGCGCACAUCGAGUUUAGUUUCAACACUGGACGCUGUCUCAUCCAGUAGCGAAGCACCACGUGUGCCAGGCGGUGCUCAUCAUAUAGCGCUCGGCGGUGGUCUACACAAUGCCGAUGUUGAUGCGCAUAGCUCUUCAUCAACGGAUGAGAGUGGCAACGAUAGUUUCACAUGUUCGGAAAUCGAAUAUGACAACAACAGUCUGAAUGGGGAUGCAAAAUAUCCAACAAACAAAACAGUGCCCGACGAUCGUCCCGAUCGCAGCGCUGGCGGUCGUGCAAUGAGCGGUGAUGGCGUAGGUCCGAGCAUGGGUAAAGUACCGCCGAUGCCGCCACAUUCAUACGACGGCUUCGAUUCGUCCUUUCGUGGCUCACUCAGCACUCUAGUCGCCAGCGAUGAUGACAUCUCAACACGCAUGGGCGGUAUUUAUCGACAACUCAAUGGACCGGGCUCACCAUCGCAACCGAGUCUGGGCUGGAACUAUCUGCUCAACUGGGGACCGAAUUUCGAAAGUUUAAUGGGUGUUAUUAAAGACAUUACAGAGCUGCCGGAUGCGGUGGGCGAGCAACAACAGUUACAGUCGACACUAUGCAUGCCGGGUAAUACGCAAAAGAACUCCGAAGAAUAUGUAUAGGGAGCCUAGCAUAGUUUAAGGAUAUAAAGUUUCCUGUCAGCACAAAGCGUAGUGAGGGAAAAGCUAAAUACGUGAUUUAGUGUAUUUAUGUAGUUUUAACCGUUUUAGCCUUUUAUUUGUUUAGUUUACUUUUAGUACUUCUGCCAGCUGCCAUUCACUAGCAUUUUCAGAAGAACGCUGACACUUAUAUUUAGGUCUGACUGCUGUAUGCCAUGUCUGUAUAAGCGAAACUUAUAAAUAUUAAGAUUUGCAACGAACACUAAAAUUAAAUUAAAAUUAUUUAAACAAGUUUAGCGUCUUCCAAUAGAUCCAUAGCACAUAUUAUAACAAGUGGAGUCUCUACUUGGCAUUAAUCUGAGUCUUUAAUCAAGCUUAAUGUACAGCAAUUAUUUAUAAAUUAUUUUUUAAAUAUUCAUUCUUUACUCCUACUGCCAAAUAUUCGUGCGAAUCAUCAUCUGUACACAUCACAUUUAUUGCCUCAGUUAGUUAGCAGUUAGUUUAAGCAAUUCAUUCGAACCACACACACACAUACACACACAGUGCUAGUUUGUACGUAAUUUCCUUA